AUUGGCCGCGCCGCCGCCGCCGCUCCCCGCAGUGUCAAUGUGAGGGCGCUCGGCGGCGGCGGCGGUGGCGGCGGCGGCGGGGCGAGCCGAGCCGAGCGGCGGGGCGAGCGCGGGGCCGGCCGGAGCGGGCGGGGGGCCGCCGCCGGCCGGCGCACGAUGGAGCUCAACUCGCUGCUGCUGCUGCUGGAGGCCGCCGAGUACCUGGAGCGCCGGGACCGAGGUAAGGCCGAGCACGGCUACGCCUCGGCGCUGCCCUUCGACGGCGACUUCGCCCCGAAGAAAACCAAGGCGGCCGGCCUGGUGCGCAAGGCCCCGAGCAGCAGGUCUUCACACAAUGAACUAGAAAAGCACAGACGCGCCAAGCUCCGGCUGUACUUGGAGCAGCUCAAGCAGCUGGUGCCCCUGGGCCCUGACAGCACUCGGCACACCACACUCAGCCUGCUCAAGCGCGCCAGGACACACAUCAAGGCUUCCCUGUGUUUUGAGAGAGGAGGCUGCAACUCAAGUGAAGAAUCAGUAGAAGUACUGCUAUUUCCCUGCCUCAGGAUCCAUCCCCAUACCUGGCCUUUCGCUCUCCUUAAAGUACUACGAGAAGGGGCUGGGAGAGAGCUCGCCUGGCAGAGGGGAUGCCUUGUUACACAUGAGGACCCAGGUUCAAGACUCUGGCACCACACGAGAAUGUUGUUGCACGCAGCACCAGGGGAAGCUCCUGGGUAAGUAUGUUCUGAUGUCCCCCCCCCCCUUAUUUGACACAAGGGGAAUGAAAAAGUUGCCCAGGAGUAGAACCAUGAAUGCAUAUGAGAACUGGGCCCCACAAUAUAGACGUGAAUUGUAAGCAGAGCUAGGUACCACAGCAGUUCUUCAAAGACACUCUCAUACCAGGGGCUCACUCCCUGCAGCACCAUAAGCCAGAGCUGAGCAGCACUCGGGGGGAUGAAAACAAGAAAGAAAGAAAAAGAAAACCAUAAAAAUCAAUGAUCUGAAUGACUCUCACUUCCAGCGUCAUAGCAGAGGACUUUGUGGGGCAAGCCUCCUGCGGUCAGCUGCAGAGCGUGAGGGUCCAGGUUGCUCAGGCCUGUGGCCUGCUGCCCGCUGCCGACUGUGCCCGCCGGCUGCAGAGUGGAGUGUGAGGGUUCAGGUUGCUCAGGCCUGUGGCCUGCUGCCGACUGUGCCCACCGGCUGUCCCGCUGCCACCACCUCAGCCUGGAAAAGCCGAGGUGCUUGCUUCACCCCAAGCAGAGGCCUUCUUCAGCCGGAUGCUCUGCUCGCUGACUGUGUUCUCCAUGGCCAGGGCCUGACUGAGACGCCUCUACUCCUGGGGCAACUUUCUCUCUCCUUUAUUUUGAUACCAGAGCUUCCUGGACUUCCUGCCUGUAUGAUUCUGCAGCCCUUGCCAGACUCCCUAAUUAAUUAAUUAAUUAAUUAAUUUUUUAUUAGUGAUUUUAUAAUGAUUGACAAGAUUGUGGGAUAAGAGGGGUACAAUCCCACACAGUUCCCACCAACAGAGUUCUGUGUU